AUGGUUUGCCUCCCACUUCUCAACGCAUUUGUUUGGAUUCUUCUUUCUUUGCAGCCAGAUUGCCUGUUUCGUCUCAAUUGCUAUCGCUGUGUUUAUACCUGUUCUUUCUGUACUGACAGCGCCCUCGUCCUCCCCUGGUUCUCCUUCUCUCUUAAAUCUCCGCCCCGCCCCGCAGCGAUGUCGGCGCCCGCGCCAUCGUCUUCGGACGUGCUGAAGAAGGCCGUCCCUCACGUUGACAUUGACGGUCACAAUCUUCCUCCAUCGCCGGCUCCCUCGAGCCCACGCACAGGGAGGAAAUAUGCGAUUGCCACCGAGCUAGUGUACACCGAGAGCAACGACCAAUACAAUGCUAGCAGUGUCCCGAUUUACCAGAGCGCUACCUUUAAACAAGCGUCUGGCGAUGGCGGUGGUGAAUAUGAUUACACUCGCUCCGGAAAUCCCACUCGAACCCAUCUUGAGCGCCAUCUCGCCAAGGUCAUGUCGGCCCAACGCGCCCUGGUCGUGACAUCGGGUAUGGCUGCGCUGGACGUGAUCACCCGGUUGCUUCGUCCUGGCGAUGAAGUUGUCACUGGAGAUGACCUAUACGGCGGUACGAACCGGCUAUUGAAGUAUCUGUCGACCAACGGUGGUAUUAUUGUGCACCACGUUGACACUACCGUGCCGGAGAAGGUGUCCGAAGUCCUGACUCCCAAGACGGCCAUGGUCCUGCUUGAAACCCCCACCAACCCGCUGAUCAAGGUCGUCGACAUCCCACAGAUCGCGGCUGCCGCGCACCAGAUCAACCCCAACUGUUUGGUGGCGGUCGAUAACACAAUGAUGUCUCCGCUGCUGCUGAGCCCGCUCGAUCUUGGCGCUGAUAUUGUUUACGAGAGUGGUACCAAGUACCUGUCGGGCCAUCAUGACCUCAUGGCCGGUGUUAUCGCAGUCAACGACUUGGCUCUGGGAGAGCGGUUGUACUUCCCGAUCAAUGCGUCGGGAUGCGGUCUUUCGCCUUUCGACUCAUGGCUGUUGAUGCGUGGUGUCAAGACACUCAAGGUCCGCAUGGACCAACAACAGAGCAAUGCCCAGCGUAUUGCUGAGUUCCUUGAGGCCCACGGUUUCAAGGUGCGAUACCCGGGCCUGCGGUCGCACCCGCAAUACGACCUUCACCACUCCAUGGCGCGGGGGUCUGGAGCAGUGCUGUCGUUCGAGACGGGCGAUGUGGGAGUUAGCGAGCGCAUUGUUGAGAGUGCGCGCAUCUGGGCUAUCAGUGUUAGCUUUGGGUGUGUCAACAGCUUGAUCAGUAUGCCGUGCCGGAUGAGUCAUGCCAGUAUCGACGCCAAGACGCGCCAGGAGCGUGCCAUGCCGGAGGAUCUUAUCCGGUUGUGUGUCGGUAUUGAGGAUGUGGAUGAUCUGAUUGAUGAUUUGCGCCGGGCGCUCGUUCAAGCCGGCGCGGUCCACAUCACUCCGGACGACUUUCAGGCCGUGAACGCGGCCUCUGCGUAG